AUUUCAUGCAGCUUUUGUCAGUCAUCACUAACACACCAGACCCUUCUCUUCCAACAAAAUCAGUGAGGAUCUGAGAAGAAGAAGCAUUGGCCAGAGGCAUGACUGCAAGGGGCAGCGACCCCAUAAGGGGUCGUCUUCGGCCGCAAAUGGCCCUGGCCUUGGCCAUUGCUUUGAUUUCUAUCACUUUGGUUUCCGUUAAUGCUGAUGGUUACCCUUACUAUUCCCCUCCUCCACCUUACCAGUACACCUCACCACCUCCUCCUCCUUACCUCUACAAGUCUCCUCCCCCACCCUCUCCUUCACCUCCUCCUCCAUACUAUUAUAAAUCUCCACCACCACCCUCUCCCUCACCUCCACCCCCUUAUUAUUAUAAGUCUCCACCACCACCUUCACCAUCUCCUCCACCACCCUAUUAUUACAAGUCUCCACCUCCACCUGAAAAGUCUCCCGCUCCAACUCCCUACUACUAUAAGUCUCCACCACCACCUUCUCCAUCUCCUCCACCACCCUACUAUUACAAGUCUCCUCCACCACCAUCUCCCUCACCCCCCCCACCUUACUAUUACAAGUCUCCUCCUCCACCAUCUCCCUCACCUCCACCUCCUUAUUAUUACAAGUCUCCACCACCACCUUCACCAUCCCCUCCACCACCUUACUAUUACAAGUCUCCGCCACCACCUUCUCCUUCCCCUCCACCACCCUACUAUUACAAGUCUCCGCCACCACCUGAAAAGUCUCCAGCUCCAACUCCUUACUACUAUAAGUCUCCUCCUCCUCCAUCACCAACUCCUUACUAUUACAAGUCUCCACCACCUCCCUCUCCAACUCCGUACUACUAUAAGUCUCCUCCUCCGCCGCCACCUUAUUACUACAAGUCUCCACCCCCACCAUCCCCAGCUCCUUACUACUACAAGUCUCCACCCCCACCACCACCUUAUUACUACAAGUCUCCUCCCCCACCACCUUACUAUUACAAAUCUCCUCCUCCUCCAUCACCAACUCCUUACUAUUACAAGUCUCCACCACCUCCCUCUCCAACUCCGUACUACUAUAAGUCUCCUCCUCCGCCGCCACCUUAUUACUACAAGUCUCCACCCCCACCAUCCCCAGCUCCUUACUACUACAAGUCUCCACCCCCACCACCACCUUACUACUACAAGUCUCCUCCCCCACCACCUUACUAUUACAAAUCUCCUCCUCCUCCAUCCCCAACUCCCUACUAUUAUAAAUCUCCUCCUCCCCCUUCCCCCACUCCUUACUACUACAAGUCUCCACCCCCACCAUCCCCAACUCCUUACUACUACAAGUCUCCUCCCCCACCACCUUACUAUUACAAAUCUCCUCCUCCUCCAUCCCCAACUCCCUACUAUUAUAAAUCUCCUCCUCCCCCUUCCCCCACUCCUUACUACUACAAGUCUCCACCCCCACCACCUUAUUAUUACAAAUCUCCUCCUCCUCCCUCCCCAACUCCCUACUACUACAAAUCUCCUCCUCCUCCUUCACCCACUCCUUACUAUUACAAGUCUCCACCUCCACCAUCCCCAACUCCUUACUAUUACAAGUCUCCUCCUCCACCACCUUACUAUUACAAAUCUCCUCCUCCUCCAUCCCCUACUCCCUACUACUAUAACUCUCCUCCUCCACCAGUUGUGUAUCCCCCACACCCUUACCAUCCGCACCACCACCCUUUGAUUGUGAAGGUAGUGGGUAAAGUCUACAGCUACAAGUGUUAUGACUGGGAGUAUCCCGAAAAGUCUCAUAACAAGAAACACCUCAAAGGUGCUGUUGUGGAGGUGAAAUGCAAAGCAGGAAGAAAUAUUAUCAAGGCUUAUGGUGAAACUAAGAGCAACGGAAAGUAUAGCAUCACAGUUAAGGACUUCAAUUAUGUCAAAUAUGGACCUACAGUGUGCAAGGCCAAGCUUUAUGCUCCACCUAAGGGAUCACCCUUCAACAUACCUACCAAGUUGAACGAAGGAACAGACUUGAAGGUGAAAUCGAAAGACAAGUAUGAAGUUGUGCUUAAGGCUAAGCCAUUUGCUUAUGCUUCAAAGAAGCAUUUUGAAGACUGCUACAAGCCCAAGCCUUCACCAACUCCUUACUACUACAAGUCGCCUCCUCCUCCAUCUCCAGUUUACAUAUACAAGUCGCCACCUCCCCCAUCACCUACUUAUGUUUACAAGUCACCACCUCCACCUGUGAAGUCACCUCCAUAUUAUUAUCAAUCUCCACCUCCACCAUCACCAAAACCUAAACCUCCAUAUUACUAUCAAUCACCACCUCCACCAUCACCAGUACCCAAGCCUCCUUAUUACUAUCAGUCUCCUCCUCCUCCAUCUCCAGUUUACAUAUACAAGUCACCACCUCCCCCAUCACCUACUUAUGUUUACAAGUCACCACCUCCACCUGUGAAGUCACCUCCAUAUUAUUAUCAAUCUCCACCUCCACCAUCACCAAAACCUAAGCCACCAUACUAUUACAAAUCACCACCUCCGCCUUCACCAAAACCUAAACCUCCAUAUUACUAUCAAUCACCACCUCCACCAUCACCAGUGCCCAAGCCUCCUUAUUACUAUCAAUCUCCUCCUCCUCCAUCACCGGUUCCUAAGCCACCAUAUUACUACAAAUCUCCACCUCCUCCAUCACCAGUUCCUAAGCCACCAUACUACUACCAGUCUCCACCUCCACCAUCACCGAUUCCUAAACCCCCAUACUAUUACCACUCUCCACCUCCACCAUCACCUUCUCCUCCUCCCCCAUACUAUUAUAAAUCACCACCCCCACCUUCACCAUCCCCUCCUCCUCCUUACUAUUAUAAAUCUCCCCCACCACCUUCACCAGUUCCUAAACCCCCAUACUAUUACCACUCUCCACCUCCACCAUCACCUUCUCCUCCUCCCCCAUACUAUUAUAAAUCACCACCCCCACCUUCACCAUCCCCUCCUCCUCCUUACUAUUAUAAAUCUCCCCCACCACCUUCACCAGUUCCUAAACCCCCAUACUAUUAUCACUCUCCACCCCCACCAUCACCUUCUCCUCCUCCCCCAUACUAUUAUAAAUCUCCCCCACCACCUUCACCAAUUCCUAAACCCCCAUACUAUUACCACUCUCCACCUCCACCAUCACCUUCUCCUCCUCCCCCAUACUAUUAUAAAUCACCACCCCCACCUUCACCAUCCCCUCCUCCUCCUUACUAUUAUAAAUCUCCCCCACCACCUUCACCAGUUCCUAAACCCCCAUACUAUUAUCACUCUCCACCUCCACCAUCACCUUCUCCUCCUCCCCCAUACUAUUAUAAAUCACCACCCCCACCUUCACCAUCCCCUCCUCCUCCUUACUAUUAUAAAUCUCCCCCACCACCUUCACCAUCCCCACCACCACCUUAUUAUUAUCAUUCCCCACCUCCACCUAAAGAGCAUGUACACCCUCCCUACUACUACCACUCACCACCACCACCAUCCCCAUCUCCACCACCUCCUUAUUAUUAUAAAUCCCCUCCACCACCAUCCCCUUCUCCUCCUCCCCCCUACUACUAUCACUCUCCACCACCACCAUCUCCUUCUCCUCCUCCUCCCUACUACUACCACUCUCCACCACCACCAUCCCCAUCACCGCCGUCUCCAUAUUAUUACAAAUCCCCUCCACCUCCAUCUCCAUCUCCACCACCUCCUUACUACUAUCAAAGUCCUCCUCCACCAUCUCCCACUUCUCAUCCUCCCUAUUACUACAAAUCCCCUCCACCACCAACGUCAUAUCCUCCACCUCCUUACCACUACGUGAGCCCUCCACCACCUUCUCCAUCUCCUCCCCCACCAUACCAUUACACAUCACCACCUCCUCCUUCCCCAGCUCCUGCUCCCAAGUACAUUUACAAAUCACCUCCACCUCCGGUUUACAUCUAUGCUUCCCCACCUCCACCUAUCUACAAGUAAGCUCAAAUUAUGAAAGCACCAUUCAUGAUGAAUCAUGUUCUAGUUUUCAUCGAGGAAUAAAGGCAAGCUCUAUUUUGAGCCAAGUGAAACAUCUAUCUUCCUGUCUAAGUUCUUUGAAUAAAAGUCUGAAUGUGUCAUCUCUAUGCUACAAUGUUUAUGAUUCAGAUCAGGUUGAUUCUAUUUGUUUGAUGGCCAUCUUGCACGUCCUGAUCUUAUUGUGUUCAAGUGACGGACAAAUCCAAACAGGAAAGAGAGAUUUGAAAUGUAAAUGCCAAGUAAAUGUGAAAAGUACAGUCCAUUUUUAGUGAUCUCUUUAAUUUAUUUGUUCAUAGAUUAAUAUGGUCGUGUAUGAUUGCUUUUCUAUUUAUUGUGGCAUUUUUGUGUUGUACCCUGUUGUUGUGUUUGCAAUAAUUAUUAGUAAUAAAGCAGCAAAUUCAAUUUGUGUUCAUGCAUCAA